AUGUUUGCCCCGAGAUGCUUUACAGUAUGGAGGACUGUAUUGAGGUCAUCCUUGAGGAGCACAGCAGCAGGUGGUUCAAUCAUCUGCAGUGUCACCUUACUGAUUGGAUCUGCCUUCGCUGGAGUCUACAGACUCUGGGCCAUGUUCUGCAUGCCUGGACUGAGAGUCCCUUUCAGACUAAAGGUGCCAUUUUUACCUUCAACAAUAGAACAAACUGUAAAUGUUAUCAAGCUUCUAGAAGGACGCAAAGGCCAUCUGGCUGACCUGGGAUCAGGCGAUGGACGUUUGGCUUUUGCAGCAUCGUCAAUGGGAUUUCAAUGCACAGGUUUUGAAAUAAACUCCAUAUUAUUGGCCUGUUCAAGGAGUAAAGCAUGGUGGCGUGGAGUACCGCACUCUCAUAUUCAUUUCGUCAAACAGGACUUCUGGAAGACUAAUCUGUCCAAAUACAGAAACGUGACCGUGUUUCUAGCUCCUGCAGUGAUGGGGGUUCUGGAAGAGAAGUUGUUAAAGGAACUUCCUGAGGAUAGAACCGUCCAGAACAUCUUCUCACCAAUCACAGGCCUGAACCAGCCUUCUGGUCUCCAGUGA